AGAAUUUUGUGUUAUUGGUACUUUGCUCUGUUCCGGGCUUCCUGUCCAGAGUGAUAGAGGUACAAUACACAUCAUUCAGGAAAGGAAACUCAGAAUUUCCUUUUCAGAUGUUUCCCUUUCAGGCUUCUUAGUCUCAGCUCUAUGCCGUGUUACCAUAGCCAUAACCUUUCCCAAUUCAUCUUUGGUUUUGUCGUGUCCCUGUUUUGGUGACAAUUAUGCUUAUGUAAAUUUUCUUGAGGAGAUGCAACAUACACACAUCUACUCGCAUGUCUCUAUUGGGUCCCUUCUCUCACAGCUCUGGGAAUCAUGCAGAAGAGGGGCCUUCAUCUUCCACCAGAAGAGCAGGGCUCCAAGAGAUAACAACCAAACAUGACAAAACAAAACAUAAUAAGACAAGGCAAUAGCCCUUAUACCAAAUAAAACAAGGCAAACUAACAUAAGGAAAAGUGUUCCAAAAGCAGACAGAAUAGUCAGAGACACACCUGUGCCUACAGUUAGGUAAAAUGAAAAGCCAGCAGCCACAGCAUAUAUGCAGAGGACCUGGUGGUUCAGACCACUGCAGGCCCCGUGCUUGCCGUUUCAUUCUCUAUGAGCCCUGCAUCGUUGAUUCAGUGGCUUUAGUUCCCCUGCUGUCCUCCAUCCCUCCUGACCUCAAGAAUUCUUUAGGCCCCUCUUCUGCAUGAUUCCCAGAGCUCUAAGAGAAAGGACCCAAUAGAGACAUUUGAUGUAGAAUUUUCUCUCCUCAUAAUGACUGACAGGAAGUCUCUGCAUCUGCUCCAUGAAGACACCUGCUCCACCUUUCUAUGUUCACUGAGCUGGGCAGAUGUUGACCUCAACAAUGGGGCCCUGUUGUCAGUUUGGUAGAGCAACCCUCUACCCUAGCAUACCCUGGCUUGUUUGGGGAUCUCCAUGGGAUCCCCUGGGCCAACAAUUCAAAUAAGUGCAACCCAGUCCUGGCACUGGGAGUCUUGCCCGGCUACAAGAGAUGGCCAGUUCAGACGCUGAAUCCUCCGUUGCUAGUCCCCACGAGACCACUCCCAUAGAUUCCAGGAAGUUUCCACUGCACUAGAUUUCCACCCAACUUGCAAAAGCCCCCGAUUUCUAGAUGUCUCUUCCUUACCCUUUCCGUCUAUCAUUUCCCCUCACAUCUGAUUCCUCCCACGCCCAUCCCUACCAGCACCCAAUACACUCCCAAAAUCUACUUCCCCUUGCCAGGAAUAUCCAUGCUUUUCUCCCUUAGAGCCCUCAUCUUUACCUAACUCCUCUGGGUCUAAGGAUUGUAGCUUGGUUAUCAUUUACUUAACUGCUAAUAUCCACUUAUAAGUGAAUACAUGCCUUAUUUGUCUUUCUGGGUCUGGUUUACCUAACUUGGAAUAAUUUUUACGAGUUCUAUCCAUUCCCCCUGUGAAUUUCACGAUGUCAUUUUAUAUAGCUUCAUAUAAUAUUACAUUGAAUAAAUGUACCGUAUUUUCUAUAACCAUUUUUUUUUUUUGGUUGAGGUACAUCUAGGUUUUUUCUGGUUCUCGAUAUUAUGGACGAAGCUGCGAUGAACACAGUUGAACAAGAGUCCUUGUGGUAGGAUGGAGCAUUCUUUGGUAUAUGCCCAAGAUUUCCAACUUUUUGAGAAACUGCUAUACAAAUUUUCAUAUGGUCUCUACGAGCUCGCACUCCUGCAAUGGAGGAGUCUUCCCCUUGCUGCACAUCCUCGGCAGUGUGAGCCUUUGCUUGUACCAUUGAUCAUAACCAUCCUGACUGUGGAAGGUGGAACCUCAAAAUAGUUGUGACUUACAUUUCCCUGGUGGGCUAAGGAUAUUAAACAUUUCUUUAACUCGUUUUCAGUCAUUUUUUAUUCCUCUAUUGAGAAUUCUCUGUUUAGAUCUAUACCCCAUUUUCAAUUGGAUUGUUUGAAUUUUUUAAUCUAGUUUCUUGAGUUCUUUCUAUAUUUUGGGUAUUAGUCCUCUGUUGGAUGUGGAGUUGGUAAAAAUAUCUUCUGCUGUUCUGUAUAUUGCCUCUUUGUCCAGUUGGUGGUGUCCUUUACCUUACAUAUGCUUCUCAGUUUCAUGAGACCAUGUUUAUUGUUAAUCUUAUUUCCUGUGCUACUGGUGUUUUUUAGAAUCGUGCCUUGUGUGCCAACAAAUUUAAGGUUAUUCUCUACUUUUUCUUCUAUCAGAGUCAGUGUAUCUGAUUUUAUGUAGUGUAGGGAGCGGUGCGGCAAAACAAAGAUGGCGCCGACAGCCAGCCUCGUCUGAAUGUAAACAACUUACUGCGCAUGCGCAGGCUUGUCCUCCUCGUCAGGGCAGCUGUAUGAUCCGGCGCCCUCCUGUGGUGAACAAUAGUACUGCGCAUGCGCAGGUUUUGCACCUGGUGUCAGUUGGCCGGUAAUAUGCUAAUGAGGGGGCGGUACCAUGCUGGUGAGGUGAUUCGUUCUCCGCCAAUCCCUGGAGGACAAGUAGUGGGGUGAUAGUGGGGUGACCCGUGCCCCACCAAUCCCUGAGAGAUUAUUAGCAUACUGUUGUGUAUAUAAGGCGAGCGAAUUUGCAGCUCAUGGUCCCCGUGUCAACAAUGAAGGUGUCCUGCAGUAAAGGCUGUUGAGAAGAAUCCAACCGUGUUAUGUCUUCCUUGCCGGCCGAGGAUGCAGUGACCUAUAAUGAUGUGCAUGUGAACUUCACUUGGGAAGAAUGGGCUCUGCUGGAUCCUUCACAGAAGAAUCUCUACAAAGAUGUGAUGCUGGAGACCUACAGGAACCUCACUGCUGUAGGUUGCAGUUGGAAAGAGCAUAAUAUUGAAGAACGUUGUCAAAGUUCUAGAAGACAUGGAAGACAUGAAAAAAGUCCUACUGAAGAGAAAUCCUCUGAGUAUACUCAGUGUGGUAAAGCCUUUGCGUGUCACAGUUAUCCUGAAAUGCAUGAAAGAAUCCAUUCUGGAGAGAAACUCUAUGAAGAUAUUCAAUAUGGUGAAGCCGUUGUACAUCACAGUGGUCUCCAAAUACAAAAAAGAACACAUACUAGAGAGAACCCCUACAAAUGCAAUCAAUGUGAUAAAGCUUUUGCAAAUUAUGGUCAACUUCAAAGGCAUGAAAGAACACAUACUAGAAAGAAACCUUACCAAUGUAAUGAAUGUGGUAAAGCCUUUGCAUAUCUUAGUAUUAUCCAAAUGCAUAAAAGAACACAUACUGGAGAGAAACCUUAUAAAUGUAAUCAAUGUGGUAAAGCCUUUGCAUAUCUUAGUAGUUUCCAAAUGCAUAAAAGAACACAUACUAGAGAGAAACCUUACAAAUGUAAUCAGUGUGGUAAAGCCUUUGCAUAUCUUAGUAGUUUCCAAAUGCAUAAAAGGAUUCAUACUGGAGAGAAACCUUGCAAAUGUAAUCAAUGUGGUAAAGCCUUUGCGCAUUACAGUACUCUCCAAAAACAUAAAAUAACACACACUGGAGAGAAACCCUAUGAAUGUAAUCAAUGUGGUAAAGCCUUUGCACGACAAAGUAAUCUCCAAGGGCAUAAAAGAACACAUACUGGAGAGAAACCCUAUGAAUGUAAUCAAUGUGGUAAAGCCUUUGCACGACAAAGUCAUCUCCAAGUGCAUAAAAGAACACAUACGGGAGAGAAACCUUACAAAUGUAAUCAAUGUGGUAAAGCCUAUAAAUGUCGUAGUAGUGUCAACAAUCAUAAAAUAAUGACAUAUAGUGGACAGAAACCCUAUGAAUGUAACCAAUGUGGUAAAGCCUUUGUGUAUCACUGUAUUCUCCGAAAACAUAAAAGAACACAUACUAGAGAGAAAUCUUACAAAUUGAAUCAAUGUGGUAAAACCUAUAAAUUUAAUGGUCUCCAAAAUCAUAAAACAACAGAUACUGGAGAGAAACUCUAUGAAUGUAAUGAAUGUGGUAAAGCCUUUCCACAUCUUCAUAGACUUAAAAGACAUGAAAGAAUUCAUACUGGAGAGAAGCCUUACAAAUGUAAUGAAUGUGGUAAAGCCUUUGCAUAUCGCAGUAGUCUCCCAAAACAUAAAAGAACACAUACUGGAGAGAAACCCUAUAAAUGUAAUUAUUGUGGUAAAGCCUAUUCCCAACACAGUAAUCUUAAAACACAUAAAAGAAUACAUACUGGAGAGAAACCCUAUGAAUGUAAUCAGUGUGGUAAAGCCUUUGCACUAAAAAGUCAUCUCCAAGUGCAUAAAAGAACACAUACGGGAGAGAAGCCUUACAAAUGUAAUCAAUGUGGUAAAGCCUUUGCACGACAAAGUUACCUCCAAGGGCAUAGAAGAACGCAUACUGGAGAGAAACCCUACAAAUGUAAUCAGUGUGGUAAAGUUUUUGCAUAUCCUGGUUAUCUACAAGUACAUAAAAGAACACACACUGGAGAGAAGCCUUACAAAUGUAAUCAAUGUGGUAAAGCCUUUCCAUGCGUUCGUGAAUGUAAAAGACAUGAAAGAAUUCAUACUGGAGAGAAGCCUUACAAAUGUAAUGAAUGUGGUAAAGCCUUUGGGUAUCACACUAGUCUCCAAAUACAUAAAGCAACACAUUCUGGAAAGAAACCUUAUGAAUGUAAGCAGUGUAAUAAAGCCUUUGCACAUCAUAGUCAACUUCAAAGACAUGAAAGAAUUCACACUGGAGAGAAGCCUUACAAGUGUAAUCAGUGUGAUAAAGCCUUUGCACAACACAAUUCUCUUCAAAUCCAUAAAAUAAUACACACUGGAGAGAAACCCUAUGAAUGCAAUCAAUGUGGUAAAGCCUUUGCAUAUCAUGGUUAUCUUCAAAUCCAUAAAAGAUUACACACUGGAGAGAAACCCUAUGAAUGCAAUCAAUGUGGUAAAGCCUUUGCAAGUCAGAGUGAUCUUAAAAAACAUGAAAGAAUUCACACUGGAAAGAAACCUUACAAAUGUUAAUGAAUGUGGUAAAGCCUUUGUAUGUAACGAGUGUGAAUACAUAAAGCAACACAUGCUGGAGUGAAUGUAAGCAAUGUAGCAAAUUGUCUGCCUCUUGUGGUCAACUUCAAACUCAUGAAAGAAUUCAUACCAAAGAGAAACCUUACAAAUGUAGUGAAUGUGGUAAAGCCUAUCCACAAUCAGGUCAUCUCCAAGUACAUAAAAGAACACAUAUUAGAGAGUAAUCCUGUGAAUGUAACCAAUGUGGUAAAGCCGUUACAGGUCACAGUGAUCUUCUAAGGUAUGGUGCUUUGAAUAUGCUUGGUCCAUGGCAAGUGGGACUAUUAGGAGGGGUGGGCUUUCUGGAGUAGGUGUGGCCUUUGAGGAAGUACGUCACUGUGGGGAUGGCUUUGAGAUCCUACGCUUAAGCUCCACCCAGGGCAGAAGAGUUUUCUCCUGGAUGCCUUCUGAUCAAGAUGCAGAACUGUCAUGUCCAGCACCAUAUCUGCCUGGACAUUGCCAUUUUUUCCACCUUGAUAAUAGACUGAACUUCUGAAUCAGUAUACCACCCUAAUUAAAUGUCCUUUAUAAGA